AUGGCUCGCUCGGCGACACGGACCGAUUGGGACCACGAAUAUAAUGUCCUAAGAAGAGAGAAUCUCUUCAGAAACCCUCCCAAGGAUCACACCGCAUACCCUGCCCUCCAAUUGGCGGUUAACCCUCACAUCGAGUCCUUCAAUGGCUUGUUUCGAGAUGAUGGCAAGCCCGGCUUGCUCGACCACGCCAUGGCCGAUAUUGGCACCAAGACAUAUUUCGACGGCGACGAGAGAAAGGGCCCCGAGGGCAAAAAUAAGCUCAACAUUCGCGUCCGCAAUGUUAUGCUGCACCGAGCUCAAGUUCCGCCCUCCAACAAGAUGGCCAAGAACCGCGAAAUCUUUCCUGCCGAAUGCAGAGAGCGACAUGUCACAUACCGAGGCCGUCUCUCGGCCACUUUUGAGUAUAGUAUCAAUGGUGGUGACUCUCACGAGUUUGUUCGUGAUCUGGGCCAGAUUCCCAUCAUGCUCAAGUCGAAUCGAUGCCACCUCGAAAAUAACUCGCCUGCUCUACUAGUCCAGCGCAAGGAAGAGGCCGAAGAGCUUGGAGGAUACUUUGUUGUGAACGGCAUCGAAAAGAUCAUCCGUAUGCUUCAGCUCAAUAAGCGAAACUUUCCCAUGGCCAUCAAUCGACCCAGUUUCCAAAAUCGUGGACCCGGUUACUCCCCGUACGGUAUCAUCCUGCGCUCCGUCCGUCCCGACGAAACUUCACAAACCAACGUUCUGCACUACCUUAACGACGGCAAUGUAACGUUUCGUUUCUCAUGGCGAAAGAACGAAUACCUCGUGCCCGUCAUCAUGAUUAUGAAGGCUCUCGUCGAGACCAACGAUCGCGAAAUUUUCGAAGGCUUGAUUGGUCCCAUGGGUAGCAAGGCGACUGAGAACACGUUCUUGACUGAUCGUGUCGAGCUACUUUUGCGCACCUACAAGUCUUACGGUCUAUACAGCAAGUCGGAGACUCGAGCAUAUCUUGGCCAAAAGUUCCGAGUUGUCCUCGGUGUCCCAGAGACCAUGUCGGAUUACGAUGUUGGUACUGAGUUCCUCCGCAGAAUUACCCUGGUGCACCUUGGCAACGUCAACGUCACUGAAAAGCAGGAUGAUGAAAAGUUCAAAAUGCUCCUGUUCAUGAUUCGCAAGCUCUACGCCCUCGUCGCUGGCGAGUGCGCCGUCGACAACCCCGAUGCGAUCCAGAACCAAGAAAUUCUCCUUGGCGGUUUUUUAUACGGCCAGAUUCUCAAGGAGAGACUAGAUGAGUUCCUCGGGGUUGGUGUUCGUCUGUCGCUACGAGAAUAUUUCCGCCGACACCCUGGUGUCACGUUUCACUCUGAAGAAUUCCGCAAAGAGUUCCCCACGGCCAUCUUCCGCAAGGCCAACGAAAACCUGGGCAAUUCGCUCGAGUACUUCCUUUCCACCGGUAACCUAGUGAGUCCGUCUGGUCUGGACCUUCAACAGGUUGCUGGUUUCACCGUCGUAGCUGAAAAGCUCAACUUCCUCCGUUUCAUUGCCCACUUCCGCAUGGUGCAUCGUGGUGCCUUUUUUGCGCAGCUCAAGACCACAGCGGUCCGAAAGCUUCUUCCCGAGUCGUGGGGUUUCAUGUGCCCCGUCCACACCCCUGAUGGUUCCCCUUGUGGACUUCUCAACCAUUUGGCGCACAAGUGCAAGAUUAUGACUGAUUACAUUGAUGUUUCCAAAGUGCCUGCUCUCGUCGCCGAGCUUGGUGCUGUUGACACUUCUACUGCUUCCACUGCUGAGAGCGUCGUCAUUAUGCUUGACGGCAAGAUCCUCGGCUGGUGCAAGCCCAAGGAGUCGCUGCGUAUUGCAGACUGCCUGCGCUACUGGAAGGUCGAAGGCAGCCGCGGUGUCCCUCUGCACCUCGAAAUCGGUUACGUUCCCCCAUCCACCGGUGGUUCGUACCCUGGUAUCUACAUGACAUCGACACCCUCUCGCAUGAUUCGCCCGGUCAAGUAUCUUCCUCUACAAAAGGAGGACAUGGUCGGUCCGUACGAGCAGCCGUACAUGUCUAUUGCUGUUGUGCCUGAGGAGGUUGAAUCUGGCCUGUCGACCCACGUUGAGUUUGAUCCCACAAACAUUCUCUCCAUCUUGGCAAACAUGACUCCAUUCUCCGACUUCAACCAGUCGCCGCGUAACAUGUAUCAGUGUCAGAUGGGUAAGCAAACCAUGGGUACCCCUGGUACAGCCUUGGUACAUCGUACAGACAACAAGUCGUACCGCCUGCAGACUGGCCAGACGCCUAUUGUUCGUGCUCCUUUGCAUAAUGCAUAUGGCUUUGACAACUUCCCUAAUGGAACCAACGUUGUCGUCGCUGUUAUUUCGUAUACUGGUUACGACAUGGACGACGCCAUGAUUAUCAACAAAUCCGCUCACGAGAGAGGAUUUGGACACGGUACCGUCUACAAGACAAAAAAGGUGUCGCUCAAGGACGACUCGAGAACAAAGGCGAGCAAGAGUGUUACCAAGGCAUUUGGCUUCGCCCCUCACAGCUACGUCAGCGCGUCGUACCAGGGUAUGCUGGACGAUGAUGGUUUGCCACACGUCGGACGUCUUGUUCAGGAGGGCGAUGUCAUCUGCGCUUGGCACACAGUGACGCCUGACUACCGCGGCGACCUCGUUAACCUUGACGGCAUUACGCAUUACGAGAAAUACAAGGAUGGUGAGACUGGCUUUAUCGAGGAAGUCCGGUUAAUUGGUGCCGAAACCGGCUCUGAGCCUCUUCAAACCAUCUCCAUCAAGUUCCGCAUUCCCCGAGCGCCCAUCAUCGGCGACAAAUUUUCUUCUCGUCACGGUCAAAAGGGUGUUUGCUCGCAAAAGUGGCCGGCCAUUGAUUUGCCUUUCACCGAAUCCGGCAUGCAGCCUGAUGUUAUUAUUAAUCCCCACGCUUUCCCAUCUCGAAUGACCAUCGGCAUGUUUGUCGAGUCGUUGGCUGGCAAAGCUGGUGCCCUGCACGGCCUCGCGCAAGACUCGACGCCAUUCAAGUUCAACGAGGAGCAUACGGCAGGCGACUACUUUGGCCAUCAGCUGAUGAAGGCAGGCUACAGCUAUCACGGCAAUGAGCCAAUGUACUCGGGCAUCACGGGCGAGGAGCUUGGCGCGGAUAUUUACAUUGGUGUCGUUUACUACCAGCGUUUGCGUCACAUGGUCAACGACAAGUUCCAAGUGCGUACGACCGGUCCCAUUGUGCCAACAACUGGGCAGCCGAUCAAGGGUCGUAAGCGUGGUGGCGGUAUCCGUGUUGGUGAAAUGGAGCGUGAUGCGCUGCUGGCGCACGGUACAGCAUUUUUGCUGCAAGAUCGUCUACUCAACUGCUCCGAUUACACGAAGUCAUGGAUCUGCCGUCGGUGCGGCUCGUUCUUGUCGGUACAGCCGACAGUGUCACAAUUCGCGCCGUCGAGGAAGAAGGCCCCGAGUGUGGUGCGCUGCCGCCACUGCGCCAUCAGGCUAAACGACGAGGACGGUAUUGACCUGACGGAGAUUCAGGGCGAGAUCUGGGAAGACGGCCAGGGCCACUCGUGGGUCGGCGGCGACCAAACUACGCAGGUUGUUGUGCCGGGUGCCCUCAAGUAUCUCGACGUCGAGCUGGCCGCGAUGGGUGUCAAGCUCAAGUACAGAAUCAACCAGGACGACGAGCCACGCAAAGGAGCACUUAAACCGCUACCCCUGACGGCGAUCAAGGCGUAA